UAGAUAAAUACCAGUGUCGCAAUAACUUGGACUCUCAGUCAAAGUGUUACUAGCUGUCCAGCUGUACGUCCGGCCCAUGUUAUAUCCGAAAGGACGGAGACCAGUUUUCAAUCAAUCGCAUUCCCCACCUACAACCCAAUAUCGGCCAGCACCACCUUAAUAAAAGAGCACACACCUUGAUAUAGCCUAUACUGCCUAUAGUUAUUACGUAGGAAGGACAUUGAUCGAAAGCUGUUGAGCUGAUAGCCUGAUAAGUCACCUACGAGGAGGAAAAUGAACAACAUGAAAACGGUUUCAGCGUUCUACUUGGUUUGCAUCUUCAUUGUCCUGUUUACCGACGGCAUCAACGCCAUCCGCACUCAUCCGGAUGCUGAACUAAAGAACGGAGAAAGUAGCAACGGGAACUCGAUUCGCCCUCUGCUGUUUGGACGUCCGAGCGAAUCCGACUGGAGGGAAUAUUCGCGGAUGGCAUCCAUCAGCAAAGGGAGAGCAGGGUGGUCGUCGCUUGUCGACAAACUUCAAAAUUACAUAUCAAGUUACACGUCCAGCACUGCCACCUGGCUCACGUAUCCUUAUUACGGCAUCUCCACCGGAGUCGUGUCCGUGAUCGUCAUUUUUGUUGUCAUUUACAUCCUCAUUGUCGUUAGCGGAUCGGUGGUGACUACAUCGGGCAGGAGCUUUGUCGAUCAUAUGGGAGUGAAUACCGAAGAGCUGAAUCGAUUGGCCCACACCGUUUUGAAUGCUGUCGACACCUUGUCCACCAAGCUCAACAGAAACGGCAGAUCGGCCGAUCCGCAGCCUAAGGGUCGGGACUCGGCACGUUUUAAGGUUACCGGGACCGGAGGACCUGCCUGGAGUACGUCUGUAACGCAGUACGACAGCGUCAGUGAUUACCUCUCUGCCAACUUAUACGACAAGCUUAUCUGGCUGUCUAAGCCUUUCGCCGGCUACAUUCUGUCGAUGGGAGGCAUCCUGCUCUACAUGGUCAUCAUCGUCAUCAUCACCAUGACCAGCGGAGUCUUCCCGAUAAGCACCCUUGGGCGACAGCUGCGCGGUUCCCGUCCGGAGUUAAAUCAAGACGCAAAUCUGAUCCGAACGGCCGAAUUCGUCAUGGAAGCUAUCAACUUGUGGAUGGAUAAGAGGCACGCUGGCAACAGUUUGAAAGAUGACUGAAACUUACGAUUUAGUACCAAUUACCGCAAUUUCGAAAACAACAGCAUCGAAGCGGAUCCAGUUGAAAUGAUUUCGUUUUUUUUUUUGUUGCAAGAAACUUUGGCAUCAUAUUUUUGUACAUCUUUUAGAAGACAAAACCAAUAGCAAAUAAUCAUUAUUUAUUACUUA